UCACGGAAGCAGGAAAUAGUUUCUGGUGCACCUGACGCAUUGUCAAACCGUCUAGUAAAACAUACCAGGGUGAGAUAAUUCGUUCAGCCAUCGUCUUUUUAGGUCACUAUGUCAGAGAAAGAAGAGGAAACAUUUAAGUCUGUGGACUUGAAGCAGCAAAAUCAAAAGUCUCCAGUCACGUCAGAGAAAGAUGAGGAGACAUUCAAUUCUGUGGACUUGGAGCAGCAAAUUCAAAAGUCUCCAGUCAUGUCAGAGAAAGAUGAGGAGACAUUCAAGUCUGUGGACUUGAAGCAGCAAAAUCAAAAGUCUCCGGUCAUGUCAGAGAAAGAUGAGGAGACAUUCAAGUCUGUGGACUUGAAGCAGCAAAAUCAAAAGUCUCCAGUCACGUCAGAGAAAGAUGAGGAGACAUUCAAUUCUGUGGAUUUGGAGCAGCAAUUUCAAAAGUCUCCGGUCACUAUGUCAGAGAGAGAAGAGGAAACAUUCAAGUCUGUGGACUUGAAGCAGCAAAAUCAAAAUUCUCCGGUCACUAUGUCAGAGAAAGAUGAGGAAACAUUCAAUUCUGUGGACUUGAAGCAGCAAACUCAAAAGUCUCCAGAACCAGACAUCCAUCCUCAACAAUCUCCCAGUGAAACAGAAAAACCCAGCACACCUGCUGCAGAGGCCAAGGCAGAAACCACCCCCUCUCCACGUGCCUCAGCGGUCAAAGCUAAAUGGCAAACAUCUGCACAACAGUUUAAAGUCAAGAAAUUUUUUGUCCUCAGGCCUGGGACAUUGGACCAAGGCAUUGAAGAUGUUAAAUCGUUGGUGGAUCCCACAGAAGAUGGUGCUGUCCAGAGUGUUUGGCUCGUGGCUGAGAUCGAUCAUUGGAACAAUGAGAAAGAGCGUUUGGUGCUCAUCACAGAGAACACCCUUCUCGUCUGCAAGUAUGACUUCAUCAUGCUUCACUGUGAGCAGAUCCAGAAGAUUCCACUCAACUUCAUCGACCGCAUCAGCCAUGGUACCUUCUGCUUUCCACCAAAUUCCCUCCUGAAGAGAGAAGGUGAGGGUGUGCGGGUGUUUUGGGAUAAACUCAGAGAACCAUCUUUCACGUCUCGUUGGAAUCCUUUUUCUGUUGACUAUCCUUUCUGUUCAUUCACCUAUCACCCUGUCAGGGGUGCUAAUGAGCAGCUGGGUCACCUGUGUGAGAUUCAAAGCUUCAGGGAGGAGCUGACUUUAGCAGCGCAGAGAGCCCACAGCAAGAAUCCUGUACCUGGAAAAGCCAACGGGGUUCUUGUGCUGAAUCAACCCAUUCUAAUCGAAGCAUAUGUUGGUCUGAUGUCUGUCAUAGGCAACCAAAACAAGCUGGGCUAUUGCUUAGCACGAGGCAAUUUUGGUUUCUGAGGGCACUUUGAGUGUUCCGAUGAUUGUUUACACUUAAGUAAUUCUCUUGCACCAGCUGAGCAUGUGUAAUUUAUAUUUUAAUUUAGUAUAUUUUAAAUAUACGGGAGGAAUGUAUAAUUUCUGUUCUUAAAAUACAUUUAUCUUUACUAUUAAUGUCCAUCAAACCUUUCAGUUUCAUCUAGUUACAUUAGCACCAAAGUGUCAAUCAGAUAUUUCCUUUUUGGUUGUGGCAUAGCAUACAAAGUAUGUUUUCCCUCCUCCUACGACCUCCUGUGUAGAAAUAUCUUGUAUUUGGUAUGCUAUCUCUCAGAAGAAACCUCGCUACGUGUUUUGUAAUGUGCCUUUUCUUUCUUUCUGUUUCUAUGCUGAUAUCCUACCUCAUCACAAAGCUUCUUACAAGCCAAUUGAUGCAUAAGGGUACAUAAGUCAUUUUUGUUUGAUGGUUUAGGGUUUUAUUAUUACAGCAAAAUGCAGUUCUGGUUUUCCCCAUAUUUUGUAAUUACUACAUUCACUUAGUGAUCUUGAUAUAUUUCUACAACAGAGUGUCAAACAAACUGUAAAGCCUUUAUCAAAUAAAUGCUAAUACUGAAACAUG